AUGAAGGCAUCCAUGGUUCUCUCCCUCAUUGGCUUCUUGGUGGUUCCAAGUGGUGCUCCCAUCUUGGGGCGUUGUGUAGUGGCUAAGAAGCUCAAGGAAGGAGGCCUGGAUUACUUUGAGGGCUACAGCCUUGAAAACUGGGUAUGCCUGGCUUAUUUUGAGAGCAAGUUCAACCCCACAGCUGUCUAUGAGAACCCACAGCAAGGGUACACUGGCUUUGGCCUCUUUCAAAUCCGCAACAAUGGCUGGUGUGGCCGUGGCAAGAACCUCUGUGCUGUGCAAUGCUCUGCUUUACUGAAUCCAGAUUUAAAGAAGACAAUUGAAUGUGUCAAGAGAAUUGUAAAAACGAAAGAUGGGAUGGGAUCAUGGCCCUCCUGGUCCCACUUUUGCCACUACUCCGACACCUUGGCACGGUGGCUAGAUGGUUGCGAGCUGUAG